UGAGAUUCCUGAGGAACAUGGAACAGUUACUCGUCUCCGUCUGUAGGGGGCAGCGUGGCGCGUAGAUACGGCAGAGAAGAAGAAAAGCGCGAAGGGGAAACGCUGCAGCUGCUCUGUUGUCUCUGCUCCUCCAGCUCAGGAUGGAGCUGUCCAGCCGGCUGCAGGUGUGGCGGCAGCUGGCCCAGACCUGCGGCCUCAGCAGCAUCGAGCAGAGCCUGCAGCAGCUGUGGAUGCUGCUGCUCCUCUGCCUCCUGUGCAGGAUGAGCUUCAGACUGGGACUCGUGCAGACGGCGAAGCAUGGCGUGUCUGCGCUGACGGGGAUGUUGGGCCUCUUCCUGUUCUUCCAGCUGCACAUGCUGUGGGUGCUGUCGCUCAGCGGGCUCUGCUACGUCGUCCUGCUGGUUAGCAGGCACUGCGGCAGCCGAGGACUCGUUCUGUCUGCUGUCAUCCUCAUCUACCUUCUGCUGGGAGAGUUGCAUUUGAUCGAUGCAGUGACCUGGCACAAGAUUAGAGGCUCUCAGAUGGUCGUGGCCAUGAAGGCCAUCUCUCUGGCCUUUGACCUGGACAGGGGGGCGGUGGGCAGCCUUCCCUCCCCAGCCCAGUUUCUGGGCUAUCUCCUGUUCGUGGGCACGGCUGUGUUCGGCCCGUGGAUCAGCUUCUCCACCUACAGGAGGGCAGUCGCCGGUGCUCAGCUGAGCUGGUCGUGGCUGCUAAGCUCCGCCCUCAGCCUCGUGAAGAGCCACAUUUGUCUGCUGGUGUGCACCUGCAUCGCCCCCUACCUGUUCCCUCUGUUUGUCCCCAUAUAUGGAAACGCGCUCACGCAAAGGUGGCUGCGUGCGUACGAGAACGCCGUGUCCUUCCACUUCAGUAACUACUACGUGGCUCACCUCAGCGAAGGCACCAGCAUGUUGGCCGGAGCGUGCUUCACGGAGGAGAAGGAGCACGUCUGCUGGGACAUGAGCGUGGUGAAGCCUCUGCAGGUGGAAAUGCCGCGUUCAAUGGUGUUGGUGGUGACGUCCUGGAACAUCCCGAUGUCCCGAUGGCUGAAGACCUAUGUCUUCAAGAACGCCAUGAAAGUGGGAACAUUUCCCGCCAUCCUGGUGACCUACACAGCCAGCGCUCUGUUGCAUGGUCUGAGCUUCCACCUGGGAGCUGUCCUGCUGUCGCUGGGGUUCAUCACCUACGUGGAGCACGUCCUGAGGAAGAGGCUGGCGUCCAUCUUCAGCGCGUGCAUCCUGUCCAGACCCUGCGCCUCGGACUGCAGCCAUCAACACAAGAAGAAUUAUUGGGUGUUGUUGUUGAACCUGCUCUUCAGCUUUCUAACCAUCUUCCAUCUCACCUACUUGGGUUCCAUGUUUGAUCCUGGCACUGAUGAGCAGGAAGUGGAGGAGGGCUAUGCAGCCGUUCACACCAUCCAGAGGUGGUCCGAGCUGAACUGGGCCAGUCACUGGAUCCUCUUUGCUUGCUGGAUCUUCUACCGUUUGAUUCUGUGACUGAGUCACAGCGUCUGGGAAAGAAAACGCCUGUCGGGGCGCGCCCGGACGAUCAUCUCUGACAUCGGAAGACGGUUUGGCGAGAAGAGCCAAAGCUGACGGCGCUCAGGUGGACGUGAAGCAGUGGAGACGCUCCUGUGAUCCGGUUGUAGGCGGACAUAAAGAACAAAGGAGAGACGAUCCAUCGUCUGCACGAACACUUUGACUUUUGUCAUAUGAUGUUAUUUUUAUACUGCAGUUUAGUUGUAUGUUGUCUACAGAAAUGUCUGGAAGUAUUUUAGCUGAACUUUAUAAGAGUCCAGACUGUUACAUUUGUUAUUGGAACCAGUUCUGCAUUAAAUAUUUGUGCUGACAGAAA